AUGCAGGACGAGAGUGAGAGAGAGUCUGUGUCUGGAUGGGGUUGGUGGCCCUCAUGGCGUCCCACAUCCCUUUCCUUGCUCAAGAGCUCAGAAUCAAAGAUACUGGACUGCAUUCAGAAUGAUUUGUGGGCCCGUUUUGUGUCCUUGCCAAACCAGGACCGGAUCUGGACCCUGUCAGUGACCCAUAAGAGUUUUCAUAAUGCUCUAAAACCAGCUGCCCAGACUCCCCUGGUGAUGGUACAUGGAUUCGGAGGAGGUGUGGCUCUGUGGAUUCGGAACUUGGACCCCCUCUGUCGUUCCCGCCCUGUCAUCGCCUUUGAUUUGCUUGGCUUUGGACGUAGCUCCCGUCCUCGUUUCCCAUUGGAUCCUGUCCAGGCUGAGCAGAAGUCAGUCGUUUCUAUUGAGCACUGGAGGCAGACCCUGUGUUUAGAGAAAAUGGUCUUAUUGGGACACAGUCUGGGUGGUUACUUAGCAACAUCCUAUGCCAUACAAUAUCCUGAGAGGGUGAAGCACCUCAUUCUGGUUGACCCAUGGGGUUUCCCCCCAGUCCCAGUGGACGAAGGCACAGGUGCAGCCAGGCCAGGCUGCCCUCGCUGGGUGGAGGCUAUCAUUUCUGUGGUUACCCUGUUCAACCCUCUGGCUGUAAUCCGUGCAGCUGGACCAUGGGGUCCUAAAUUAGUCCAUCGAUUCCGCCCAGACUUCAAGAGAAAGUUUGAGGAUCUAUUUGAUGAUGACACCAUGACACAGUACCUCUACCACUGCAAUGCACAAACUCCCAGUGGUGAGGUGGGAUUCUGGGCCAUGUCAGAAUCAUUUGGCUGGGCCAAGCGCCCUAUGUUGGACCGCGUUCACCUACUGCCCCCUGAACUCCCGGUGACCUUAGUGUACGGUGGCCGCUCAUGGAUGGAUAGCACCACAGGACAAAAAGUCGCCCAACUGAGACCCAACAGUUACACCCGCACUGUGGUUAUAGAGGGGGCAGCCCACCAUGUCUAUGCUGAUCAGCCAGAGGAAUUUAACAGAGUGGUGCAAAGUAUAUGUGAUAGUGUGGACUGA